AUGGAAGAUAACAAAUACAUUCCCAAAUUCAUAAAGCAAACGCCGUGGUACAAGGAAGGUCAGCUGGAAGAGGUGAAGGACCACAGCUAUUCCAAGCACGGCGAUGGGUUUCUGAAAGAUAGUUAUGAUGCUAAGCGUGAUAAGUGGGAAGGGUACCAAGUAGACUACACAAAGAAAGAAAACUCCACCGGACUCAACGUAAACGGCGAUGACGAGGGCGACGACACCGACUAUGAGUUGGAGUUAACGGAGUUGGGCCUUCUGCGGAAAGAUAUAAAGGACAACAACAAGCAAGAUAAACAUGAGAAGUUAAUGAGAAGUCGGGACGAUGUACCCAGUUAUAUCAAGUCUAUCAAAACCGUUCAAAAUGACAAUGAGUGGGAAGCAAGUAACAAAUCAUGA